CUGAUUGUUGUGACACAGGAAUGUGAUGAUAACUACAAAUCCUUCUCUAAGGAUCAUUCUGCCUGUUUGUCCUACAAUCUUCAGUGCUCUUACAUUGAGUACGCCAUGACAGAUAAGCAGGCCGAAAUGGAUGAAAUAGUCAACGUUCACAAUCAGUUUAGAAGCACCAUCGCCAUGGGAUCCGAGACAAGAGGAGGAGGUCUACCUUCAGCUUCGAACAUGCUGCAAAUGACUUGGGAUAAGGAGUUAGCAGAUAUAGCGCAAAAGUGGGCGUGGCAAUGCAGAUAUGAGCAUGACUGCGAAAUAUGUCGAGCGACAAGUCAGUAA